AUGGACGACCAAGGCUGGGAAUGGCGCCAUUGGGCCGCGCGACAAGGCAAGAAGGCCAAGUUCAGCUACAGACUGUCCUCUUCACUGACCGCCGGCUCUCAGGGGGAGAUAAGUACGGCUUGUGCCAACAGCAUCAACCACAACACCGAGCUGCUGCCGAUCGAGCUCGACCAACGCGUCGGGAAAGGCCGGUUUGCCGAAGUGUGGAGGGCCAAACUAAAACACACCGAAUCUGGUCACCAUGAGAUCGUAGCGGUGAAGAUCUUCCCCUUCCAGGAAUAUUCAUCCUGGAAGUACGAGAGCCGCAUUUUCACUGACGCCAACCUGAAACAUCAGAACGUCCUGCAGUUCAUCACCUCCGAACAGCGAGUCAGCAGCCUACAGAAAGAGUAUUGGAUCAUCACGGCCUACCAAUCCCAAGGCAACCUGAAGGACUACCUGACCAAUCACUUCCUCAGCUGGUCAGCUUUGUUAAAGAUGGCGGGCUCCAUCGUCAAUGGUGUGGCCCAUCUGCACAGCGAUUACACGCCAUGUGGGACAGCAAAGAUCGCCAUUGCUCACCGGGAUAUCAAGAGCACCAACAUCCUUGUUAAAAGUGACUCCACGUGUGCGCUGUGCGACUUCGGCAUUGCCCUGCGACUCGACCCCUCGCUGACCGUAGACGACUUUGCCAACAGUGGACAGGUUGGCACCGCGCGAUAUAUGGCCCCCGAAGUUCUGGAGUCUCGGGUGAAUCUGGAAGACCUCGAGUCCUUCAAGCAGAUGGAUGUGUACUCGCUGUCUCUGGUCCUGUGGGAAGUGGCAUCUAGGUGUGACGCCAUUGGAGAGGUGAAGAGCUAUGAGCUGCCGUUUGCUCGAUGGUUCAGGAACAUCCGUGUGUGGAGACCAUGA